AAGAAUGGCGCGGAAUUUCGUGACAGAUGCAAGUGACAUCGCAAUCGGAGCAGUUCUGCUACAGGAUUUUGGCGACGGCCUUCAGCCAAUCGCGUACGAGUCACAAAAGUUACAGUCGGCCAAGCAAAAUUAUAAUGUACACGACAAAGAAAUGCUGGCGAUCGUGCACGCGUUCAAGAUCUGGCAAUGCUACCUGACGGGAGCUGACGUGAUUGUACGAACAGAUCACAAAUCCCUACAGUACCUGCGCGCGCAGCCGAAUCUCAACCCGCGGCAGAUUCGCUGGUUGGAUUAUUUGGAGUCGAACUUCAUGUACCGGAUCACGUACAAGAAGGGUGCCAACAACAUUGUAGACGCCCUCUCCAGACCAUCUGCCCAAACCGUCGCUGUACUAAUCGUCCAAACCGUUGCUGAGCGGACUAUUUACCCACGGAUAUUCGACCUAUCCCUUUUUCCCGAAUAAACCGCAUGUCUGUUCAUCUCG